AUGAAUAUUUAUGAGACAACUUCCAUGGGUUAUCUUAGCAAAAAAAGUGCAGAUGCAAUUGUUGAUUUAGAAGAUCAAACUGGUGAGACUACGUUAUUAAAAGCAUCAUAUAAUAGACAUCUCUUGCAAAGAGAUGCAGCUGUGUCACAAAAAGUUAAUUAUGGAUGA